UUGCAUUUGUAUAGAUAUAUUAUUCUGUUUCUUAAACACUAAUCAGCACAGACAGGCGUUUAUUAAUCAGUGUGAGCUGCUGUAAUGUAAAUGUCACAUGAGCACUGAAUCAUAACUGUUUUUCACAUACUAUAUAGUACAGAACUAUUCGAUUUUUGAUGCAGCGAUAUAGUAUUUAAGAUGUCUGUCACUAGCAAAGCUUAACGACUAUCCUAGGACCACAUGCUAAUCAUGCUAACAACAUCUUAAAACAUGUUAGCAAUGUGUUACAUGUUGGCAACAAUGCUAGAAACAUGCUAAUCAUGUUAACAACAUGCUAAAUAAUGCUAACUACAUAUUAGCGACAUGUUAUGCUGCCUUCAUGUGCUCUCGGAAUUAUCGUAAAUACGAUUUUUCUUGGUAUAAAUUGCACAUGAACCAUUUCGGAACUUGAAUGCGAUGAGCUGACGACUUUAGAAGUGGGAAUUAACAAAUUUCCGUUAACACAUGAAGGCAGCAUAAAUCAUGGUAACAACAUGAUAAAACAUGCUAGCAAUGCGUUAAAACAUGUUAGAAACAUGUUAGCAAAAUGCUAGCAACAUGUUAAAACAUGCAAACGAUGUGUAACAUUGGUGUAAUUUCAGAUAAUACCAACCUUAUAUGUGUGAUUUUAACAAAAAAAAAUUGCUUAAAGCGCUAUAAACUUGAAUGCAAUGAGCUCGUAAUCACGACUUCAGAAGUGGGAAUGAACAAAUUUCCGAUAGCACAUGAAGGCAGCAUAAAUAAUGCUAACAACACAUUAAAACAUGCUAGCAACAUGUUAGCAUAAUGCUAGCAACAUGAUGUGUAACAUUGGUGUAAUUUCGGAUAAUACCAACCUUUUAUGUGUGAUUUAAAAAAAAAAAAAAAAAAAAAAUAGCUUACAGCGCUAUUAAAUUGCAUUUGUAUAGAUAUAUUUUUCUGUUUCUUAAACACUAAUCAGCACAGACAGGCUUAUUUAAUAAUCAGUGUGAGCUGCUGUAAUGUAAAUGUCAGAUGAGCACUGAAUCACAACAGAUCAUUUCUAAUAUCUUCUCUGGAUUAUUCAGUAUUCAUGAGGUUGGUGGUUUCCAGCAGCAUCAGUGUUUGUGUGCGCACUGCGCAUGCGCGUGUUCACCGGGACGCGCCGCUCGAGAUUCUUCUGCAUCUAUAAGAAAACAUGCGAACAUUAACAUGUGUGAUCGUCAUGAGAGGACACGCAGUGCACCCGUGACCAGGUCCGGUUCGGAGGAUGUCCGGGAGCGCGGCGGCGGACGCGGACGGAGGCGUGAAUAAAGUUCGAGUCAAACGACAGAUCAGGGGCAUCGUGAAGGAUCUCGAGAACAUCUUAGGAGACCUGAAGGAUGUGGCGAAGGAACUCAAAGAGGUGGUUCAGGAGAUCGACUGCCUGACGUCAGAUCUUCAUCUGGAAGAGGACAGUUCGAAGACCGACACGCUCAACAGCAGCUCCAGCAGCAGCACCACCACAACCACCACGGCCUCCAGCACCGACCGCAUCAAGAUCUACCCCGAGGAGACGCUCUUCAGACCAGUGCCGCUGUCUCCCGCCGUCCUCACGGUCCUGAAGAGACCCACGCCUCCGCUCCCUCCGCCCCGCACCACCCCUUCCAGCACCGAGAUCACGGCCAACGGCGUGCUGAUGCGGAACGGAGUCGCGGGAAGAGAAGUGUCGUCGUGUCGCGGCCCGAAAAGCGCCGGCGAGAAGGGCCACGCGAGCCGCUGUCCUCAGACCACGAGGGAACGCGUCCGGUUCAGCGAAAAGGUCCAGUAUCACGGCUACUGCCCGGACUGUGACCUGCAGUACGACAUGAACAACACGGAUCUGCACUUACACACCGAGCUGAUGGAUCCCAAACCGAGUCCCAUCCAUCAGUGCUCAGCGCUCGUGGAGAACGGCGGCCUCGCGUUCCCCUCGCAGAAACCACAGAAGACCAUUUUACGCAAGUCCACCAGCACGACCGUUUGAUGCAGACUGAGUCUAAACAAACUAUUUUUGUACUUCUCUUUAUAGUUUCCUUUUGUUUGGAGAGCACCGGACGGAGAAACGGGAGAAAUGCAGAAGAUGUUAAACGGCCUCUCUCGUACGCUGAUCAUCUUCAUUUCAUCACGUGACGCUCAGCGAGCGCUCGCAGUUUCUGACAGAAACGAGCCGGAGGCGGCGGGAUAAAGCAUCAGAAGAAGUGGGAUUCAAAUGAAAAUCACAUUGUUAUUCCUCACAGCCGGUCCGCAGGGGAACAGCAGCGUCCCACAGAUGAUCUGAAAGCGUCUGAUGUCUCUGACCCUUUAAGAAGGAGCCGGUGUGACGAUCGCUGACCGCCGCUGAUGUAAUGCUGCUGCUAGCGAAGAAAAACCAAAAAACUACAAAGUAUGUGACAUCCAACCGCCGGUAAACAGUGUAACGCAGAUCACAGUCCAACGCUGCCAUCAGAACACAGAGGUUUCAGUUUGUAAAGACCUUAUAUGUGUUUUUGUAAAGAAAACCUUCAAAUAUAAAAAGCAUAUUUUUGAUAUUUUAUAAGAUGAUUUUAAAGAUGUCACACAGUGUAUGAUGGAAAAUGUAUUUAUGUACCGAUUAAAAACAUAAAACAA